AUGAGGCUGAGGCCCCGGCCAGGCGAUGCAGGCCUCUGCUGGCAUUUCAACACCCCCUCGGGAUGCCGAAAUGGAGAGGACUGCCUCUUUCGACACGAGGCCAUGCAGCCCCUGAAGUUUUUCCAGCACGAGGAUGCCAAUGCCGCUCCCGGGCUACGUCGAGGCCAAGCAAGGCGGGCUCCUUCGGACCUGGUUGAGGAGCCGCGCAGUGCGAGAAGCAUCCUCCACAGGUACUCGGCCUCCAGCAUCGCCAAGGCUGCUGGGCAGGAGGUGCGGAUCAAGGGCCGGCCCCCGCCUUCGGCGGCAGGCCCUUCAGCUCCCCAAUGGCCGGCUUCUGAGGAACAACACUAUGCAGAGGAGGAAGAAGAAGAAGAGGAGGAAGAGGAGUUCGAAAGCGACGUGCUCGUCGCAGCUGUUGAUGCGGAGCUGCCAGAUGCUUCCUGUAUAGAUUCUGUAGCAACGACGGAUCCCUACUUAUAA